AUGAUGCAAGCAGAUCUCUGCUCACCCAACACACGUCCCUCCAGCCCUAGUCCAGCACUGUCUGCAGCUGCAUGCACUCCCGACCGAACUGCCAAUACUGUUACCGAGGAAACAUGCAGCUGCUGUCAAAGCCAGGACCGUUUGGUGAUGCAGAUGGGUGACAAGAAAAUGAGAAGGGAUGAGACAGUGUGGGCUGACAUGGGGAAUGCUCAGUGGGCAUCUUGCGAUGCAUUGGAUGAGAGGUGUGCACUAGUGACUGAUUCUUGGGAUGAUGUGGCUCUCCCUUUCUCGGAGCAGUCUCCAGUCUUGGAGAAUGAGCUCAUUGCUGAUCAUGCAAAGUCUGGCUCGUCAUCGGCUGCAUCUGAAGGCUACGACUCUGCCGGUACCACAUCUCAGGCCUUCCUGCCGACUGGUCUUUGUGACGGGUCACUAAGUGUUUCUUUUGUUCUGAGGACUCCGGGUGAUGGCAUGGAAGUGGAAGGUGACCAUGGGCAGCGGCUUUGUGGGAUCGAGCCUGGGGAGGUCUUUUCUAUAAACAGCAUAAGUGUAGAGUUUCUGUCAGGUGAGGGUAAGUGGGGCAUGGCUGGUGACAUUCAAGGAGAGCAGAUGAAUGCGAUGAUGUGUUGGGCAGCAAAAGAGAUGCAUGAGAUUGGUGCCAUCGAGGCGCAGAUGAAGUUGACAAGAGAAGAGGUGGUGAGCAGUGGGUGUGGCACGGUACACAAAGAUGGACAUGAGGCAAGUGCAGAGGACGUUGCUGAAGCAUGCGCUGACACAGCGAAUGCUCCUCAGGUGUGCGCUGAUAUGGUGAAUGUGCAUUGGGUGCCUUGCGAUGCACUGGAAGAGGCGGACGCGGCACAAACCCUUCUGUUGACUGAUUCUUGGGACGACUCGGCUCUCCCUUACUCGGAGUGUUCUCUGGUCUCACAAGGUGAUCCUGCUGCUCAUGUCAUAAUGUCUGGUGCACCAUCAACUAUCUCUGGAGGCUGUAACUCUGACAGUAUCGAACCUCGGACUCAGGACACCUCACGGGCACAUGGUGUUUUUCUGCAUCGCACGGCUAAGGACAGUGAUUUGCAAGACUUAGCAGGCUUGAACAGUGUGAAAUUGGAUGCAUGA